AUGGGUGUCAUUCCCAGCUACAAGGUGCUUGAAAAUGAGCUUGUUUAUGCCUUUCUUGACAUCAAUCCAUUAAGCAAGGGCCAUCUUGUUAUUCCCAAAUAUCAUGCCCAGUUUGUCCAUCAAGUUCCUGACGAUGCUCUAGCUGCUAUUGGUCCAGCUAUCAAAAAGGUCGCUUUAGCACUCGGAGCCGAAAAUUACAAUGUUCUCCAGAACAAUGGUCGACUUGCCCAUCAAGAAGUUGAUCAUGUACACUUUCAUGUCAUUCCCAAGGAUGAGCAGUUUGGACUUGGUAUCAACUGGCCUAUUACCAGUCUUUCCCAGCCAGAACUCGCUAAAAUUGCCGAGGAUAUCAGUGGGAAAAUUGCCAACCUUUAA